CUUUAAAUCUCCCUGCAGCUUCAUUCUGACCAAAGCAGACCAAAGAGAGACAGCAACAACGCCUUCAACAACUUAAAUCACCAGAACCACCUUGAAGGAUGAAUCCCAUCAGGCGCAGAGAGUCGGUUUGCAGGAGUCUGUUCGGACCGGUGGACCACGACCAGCUGCGCCGGGACUUGAAGCAGAGGCUGAAGGAGAUCACCGAGCAGGACAGCCGCCGCUGGAACUUUAACUUCCAGAGUGACACGCCGCUGCCUGGCAGGUUCCAGUGGGAGGAAAUACCCGCAGACUGCACCGCUGUGCUCUACCAAGAGUCCGCACAGUUAAAGGACUCCGUCUGUGAGGAUGACGACAGGCUGAGCGACCGUGAGGAAAGUGCAGGGACCGACCAGGAGAACUGCUCCAGCAUCUCCAACACGCACAAGUGCCCCGCUGAAGUAACGCCCGUCCGGAGGAAGAGGACGCACUCCAAAUCGGCACCCAAACCAAGAAGCAACGCACGAAUUACAGAUUUUUUCGCAAAGAGAAGGAGGACGACAGAAACAAAGAGUGCCAUGAAUCCUUUCCACACGAGCUCCAGUGAAGCAGCUCAAUGCAAAACAAUACGAUGAACACUCUGCUGAAAAUGGACUAUUUAUAUAUUUAUAUGCAUUUUGAUGUACUGGACUAAGGCCUAUUCACUGCACCAAAGGAUUUUAUGUUAUUUUGUUUUAAUGUUAUUUUAUUUUUUGUGAACUGUGGUAAAAAUACACCACUUUGUGUUAUUUAUAUUAUUUAUUAUUUUUUUAAUUUAACUUCAUUUUUCACUGAUUAUGUCAUAUGUAUUGUUUGUUUUUCUUGUUAUUUUUCAUUGGUAUUAUUGUUUUGUCAGAGAAUUUUGAUGACUUGAAUGCAUUUUUUGUUUAACUGCUAUGUUUCAUCUCUUUGUUGGUGAAUUUCUGUAACACGAGCUGCUUCUGUUAACGUCAUAGAAAAGCACUAUUUUGUCCUCGUUGUGUUUGUCUAAAUGAACCGAGCUGCAGAUCACAAAGCUUGUAAAUGCCUACGAAUGUUUCAAUUUUAAUAAAUAGUUUUUAUCA